UGUUAAUAGAGAUUCUACUAAGGUAUCUUCCCCGCCGGUGGAAUCUCCGGCGAGGUCAUCGAUUUCCUCCGAUCAAAUAUCUCUUCCUCACGAGUCGUUCCAUCCAGAGGAUAAUAAACCUUCUGCAGCUCCGACGAGGAGUCCGCCGGAGAAACCUCCGUUACCGGAAGUAGUGGUGAAACUGUCUAUCAAAGAGGAGCCACUGGCUAUAGUGAAAGCGGAUCUGGUGGUCAGUGAUGGUACUACUAUUGGGGAAGGUGGCGACGGAGGCGGGGGCAACCGGCGGAGGAAAGUAAGGCCGCCGUUUUCGAUUUUAAGAAAGGCGAAGAGGGAUGAAAUGGUAAAGAAAGCGGCUUUAGGUUUUAGGAUUUUUGGGUUUUUGUUUUGCUUGGUUUCGUUUUCUGUACUGGCAGCUGAUAGGAAUCAAGGUUGGGCUCUGGACUCUUUCGAACGUUACAAGGAGUUCAGGUACUCUAUGUCAGUGAACGUUAUAGGAUUUGUGUAUUCGGGAGCUCAGGCAUUCAAUUUGGCCUACCAAUCUGCCACAGGCAAGAACGUCGUGCAGCACCAUUUGCGCUACUUUUUUGAUUUUGCCCUUGAUCAGAUGGUAACAUAUCUUCUGAUAUCAGCAUCAUCUUCUGCUGCCACUCGCAUUGAUGAUUGGCAGUCCAAUUGGGGGAAGGACAAGUUUCCUGAUAUGGCAAGCGCCUCCGUAGCAAUGUCCUUCCUUGCAUUUGCAGCUUUGGCCUUCAGCUCCCUCAUAUCUGGCUAUGUACUAUGCAAUUCUAGAUCAACAUAGUCAUGUGCUAUGUUUUGGUCUUUAUCAUACUUUAAAGUUUAAUGCAAUUGUAUGAUAUGAAAAAUCAGUUGCAGGUUGUUCAGGUGAGUAUAUACUGAGGUAUUCUUGAGUUAAUAGUGUUGUAAUGCUCCUUGUACAAGCUUUAGAAUGAUGUUAUAUGUGUUGCGCAGUUUUAUGCUCUUGUUAGUGAGAUCUAAUUAUGGGACAGACUAGAUGCAGUGCAACUUGUGUAAAAGUUAUCGGUUAUUGUUGUCUGGUUUUUUCUAAGGCCUUUGGAAUACGUAGGCCAGUGACCUUUCGAGAAUCACAUCUUCAUGAAGUACCAUGACGAUAUUUUUUCUGGA